UUGUGUAAUGGCAAAAUGUUUUAUUAAAGCCAUAGUCAUGCCAGAAAAAAAGGAGUUUCUAAUUGAUAGUUAUGCAUUUUGGCAUUUGCUCUUAGAUCUUUGAUAGAACCACGGACUUGGAUAAUCUAAUUCCAUGAUAGAACACAACCUUUUCUGUUGGAGUUCCGACCAGAACAUUUAAGUAGGUAGUUUUAGUUUGUAAACACCGGUUGAGUUAUGAUCGAACGCACCCAUGACAUCACUUGCGUACAACGCGAUGGAAAUGAAGUCACCAACAGUUGUUUCGGUUAAAUAGGCUCCUAGUUGAUAUACCGGCAUUAAAAUCUGCUGUGUGGUAUUCCGUUGUAUUUAGAAUGUAACUGUACAUUCUGCUUUGUUUGUAAUCACGUGAUCGACAGAAUUUAUACAGAUUUGCCUUACAUAUUGUGUGAAAUCUGAAAGCUAGAAAUGGAGUAGGCCUAAUAACUUCACAGUAUGCCUUACUGCAGAACAAGAUGAUUGAAUUUUGUACGAAGAAACGCAUGCUGAUAGCGCUCUGCAUCUUAUUAAGUGUGUCUUUUGUAAUCCUGCUGGUACAGAGCGCUUGGUCAACACAUCAUUCCAUAAGGGAAUUCAACACAUUACAAGGGCGAAAGGAACGAAAUGAGAGUUGUUCCUCUGGAAAUGAAAGGGUGUUGAAAGCUUGUCAUCCCUGUACCAAGUUAGAUUUGCGGAGGGAGAGGCCUUCCUGUAGAUUGUGGGGUUACAUGGAAGUCAUUGAGUGUGAGGAUAAAAAAGAAAUAUCCAGGAAUUGCGACAUUGAUCCAGACAAACAUGCGACCAGAUUCUGGGUAUUUGAGCUGGUAUGCCUCCUGAUUGGAAUAGCAUCCUACUUUGUGGUCAAGAAGAGACAGAAAAGACUUGACACAUUCCUCAUGGAGAAAAUAAAUAAACAAAUCUCUGAAGGGGUGUAAUCUUUGAUACUUGAUGAAAUCAAUGUGGGGUUAAAUGCGGCUCAUUUUGUGUGCAGGAUGGAAAAUUAAAUGAGAUUAUUAUUUCUUUGAGUCAGAGAAACUGGUUUGUAUGGAGAAUGAGGUCAAGUAAAAUAUGAAGUUAUCGUAAAUAUAUUUAUUAAUUAUACUGCAUUAGUACAUUUCUUUCUGGUCUGUGUGUCUGUAACAGAGAAUUACCAUGACUAGGUGAGGAAGGGAAGUAACUGUGUUCUGAAAAAAACAAAUACCCAUUAAAACUUAACGCUGAUUUGCAUCUGAUAAUUUAAAUGAAUGGAAACAUUCUGCUGGUCAGGGUCAGUUGUGGACAAAUUAACAGGUCAAUUUGUUGGCAGCUGGAUCUGUGGUGCUGAGUACAGCUAAAAAGGAGUUACAGCUGGAUCUGUGGUGCUGAGUACAGCUAAAAAGGAGUUACCAGUGGCAUAGCAUACAUGUUUGCUUGUAUACUUAAGCAUACACUAAAAAUUUUAAGAUUUUUUUUUAUUCAUAUAAUUUUGUUAAUUUCUUUUUAUGAUUAAUAUGGACUGUCCAUAUCAAUGAUAAAAAGGGAAAGAAGUAAAGAAAAAAUCUUCUUGAAAACUUAAGUCUGAUAAGAUAUUGUUGUUAUGUUAUGUCUAUACAGAUUGACAAAUCACGAAGGUUUAUGUAAAUUGAAAAAUAAUUAAUGAAGUACACAAUUUCAUAUCAUUCGUAUGAAAAUUUGGUUUUUACUUGUAAAUAAUCGGUCUAAAAGGAGUUCCCAGAACAUGAGAAAACGCUUCUAGAACGGAAUAAGAUUAGCUAUCCAAGUCCUUGCUUCCAGGACCUAGUAGGUUAUGGUCCCUCCCAUUCCAUACCCUUCCUCGGACGCUCGACCCUCUGUAAGCAUACACUCUGAAAAAUUAUUUGCUACGCCACUGGUUACUGUUGGCUACAGUUACAUAUGCUGUAAACAGAAAUUGUGGUUGUCAAAAAAUAUUGGUAACAAGUUUUUGAUUGUUGGCAGUUUUGUUAUAAUGAAAUAACUAUUUUACUGUGACGAGAAUGCUUUUGACAUUUGUGCAGAAUAAAUGUGUCGAGUGUUAAACUGCCUUGCCAUGAUAUAUGCUAAAGUUAUAUGUAUAUGUGCAUAAAAUAUCUAUCAUGUGAAUAAAAAAUUCUAAAAA